AUGACAAGUAUAAGACAGAAUGCAAUCAUCUUUUGGUCCAGUCAUGGCGUUGAAGGUGAUUUAAUGACAGAAGUACUGGAGUAUAUUGAUAAAAUCUGCAGUGAAAAUUCAUUAUACGAAGUUAUUGAUAAUUGGAAUUCAAUUGUUAAUGAUAUCAAUUCACAAAUUGGAAUCGAAGAUCAGUAUGAAAUUUAA